UGGAAGUGUACCUUGAAUGCCCAAUAUGCCAGGCCCAAAUCUAUCCAGGUCAGCAGUAUUGUAAUCUACACGCAUACCAAUCCUUUGAGAAAGAUUCCAGAAGCCUAAUCUCGCGCUCUCUUCGUGAUUGGAGGAAAUAAAACCAAGCUUGCUUUGGAUUCUAAGUGUUCGAUUACAUGAGGUAAAGCUGAAGACAGUAUGCUCAGCUGUGAGAACACUAUUGGUGAAGUAAUUUUGAUUAAUGGUUACUCAAAGGUCUACUCACUUGUUGAUUCUUGGCAAUACCACUAAUCAGGUUCAUCAUCCAAAAUUGUAUUUUUCUAAAUUUAAAGGCUUGCUCCUUCCUGAAAUAGAAGAUAUUACCUUUCACAAAGACAAUAGAAAACAGAAGAAGGACAUCACUGAAUAUUUUGCUCCUUUAAAACAUCAGUUGCAUAAAGCCCAGAUUUAUCCAGGGAGUUCUAAGGAUGACAGACUGGGCUGGUUAUUUCCCAUUAUCACUAGAAUAUCUGUCAAAAUGAACAGGCUUGAUUUAUGGAAAUUUUCAAUGACACAGAAUCAAUUUUUUAGAAUCGUGCUAGCACUAGGAAGGGUCAAGAGACAAAUAUUUUGAGAUUGUAAAAUCAUAGGGAAGAGCAAGUCUUCUUUCAAGGUCCCAAUUUUUUAUAUCAGCAAAAGAAAGACUCUAACCAAGGAAAUUCUGAUAGUUAGAUUUAGCUUCCAAGGUAAUCCUAAUUAUACAAAAACUGAAUGAAUACAUUAGCUGUGGCAUUUUAAUUUAUUUAAUUUUCUAAGCUUUACUAAAACCCAUUCUAAAGGAAGUCAUUGAAUUAAAAAAUGUGUGAAUCCAAGUUAUCACCAGACCACAAUGAAAGUUCCUAAAUGAGGCUAUUAUAGAAUUUACAGCAUAGUAUCUAUAGUUUAUCUUAUUCGGUAUGAAAAUAUAGCAUUGUCCUUUUGGAUUUUUGUGAAAUGCUUGGAUCAUACACCAUCCUCUUUUUGAGAAGCUCUUCCCAGAGAAUCAUAGAAUCGCUUUUUGGAUUUUUGCAAAAUCUAGAUACCUUUGGAUAUAGUCAGAGUCAAGGGCAACGCUCGAAUCCGAGCUUAAGGAUGUUUUAUUGAAAAUUUCACAUAUUUUUUUAAUAAUAUUGAUCUAAGUGCAAAAUUUAAAAUGGGGUUUUAUCAUGCUACAAAGUCGAUAUAGUUGAUGAGGACAAUUUUAU